CUGCACAAUAUAAUAUUUAUCUUACAGAAAAUAGGAUUAAAUUAGAUAUUAAACGAUGGAUCGAGGUAGCAAUGCAGGCCACAGUGUGUCGUACGAAACAUACAGAGCAGAGGGGGACAUACUUUUUAAGCAAAAAGAGUUCAAAAAAGCUAUUGAGAGCUAUACAACAGCUUUGGAACUGAAACCUGAUGACAAGAACUGCCUGUGUUCUAGAGCCAACUGCUACAUUCAAGUUGGAGAUGCCAACAGUGCAUUGGAAGAUUCUGAAAACAUCUUGGAACAGGACCCCAAACACAUAAAGGCUUUAUUUCAAAAGGCUGAGUCGCUAUACCAACAAGGAGAAUUUGAGAUGGCAUUUGUUUUCUACCAGAGAGGUCACAAUCAGAGACCUGAGCUCCAGGGAUUUCGAUUGGGCAUACAAAAAGCAAAGGAGGCGAUCAAUAACUGUGUUGGAGACGAUGGCCCAAGUAGACUUGAAAUUAAGGGAGACCUUACAGACUUUGACAAAAUGGAUGAGAAGAAAUCUCCCAAAAAGCAGGCGAGAGGAGGAUAUACAUACAAGAAACCGGGAAAACAGGAUGAAAAGAAGAAAGAACGGCCAAAGAGAACAGAAGAUACAAAGACUUUGAAACAGUUGCUUGGUGAUUUAUAUGCUGAUAGAGAAUACUUAGAAAAACUGUUAAAUGACUCUUCCAUGCGUAAGUGUGACACAACAGAAAAAGUCCAAGAUCUUGCUAGAGAGGGCCUCGACUAUCUUGAUACAAGGACAGACUUCUGGCGUCAACAAAAACCGAUGCAUGGCAAGAAGAAAAAAGGCCAAGGAAAGGGGAAUGACAAAAAUUCCAACCCAUCAAAAUAUGUUUUACGAAAUCUGGAGGAGAUUGAGGAAUCCCAGUCUCAAGGGGAAUAUGAACAGAGCCUCAAACAGGCCAAGAAAGUGCUUAAAACUGUCCAGAACUGGACUGAAGAUGAUGUCCCUAACAAACAAGAAGUCAUUGCCAACCUCUACAGCUGUAUUGGAAAUGCAUAUCUUGAAAUGGCAUCUUAUGAUAAAUCAAUGGACUACCAUAAAAAAGACAAAGCCAUAGCUGACAAACAUGACAUUGAGGAUGCCAAGUCCCGUUCUUUAGACAAUAUAGGCAGAGUCUAUGCCAGAAGAGGGGACUUCAAGGAUGCUAUAGAAAUAUGGGAAGAAAAACUACCAAUGGCUAAAUCAGAUCUAGAAAAAACAUGGCUUUACCAUGAAAUGGGACGAUGUCAUUUCCAAAUAGGAAACUAUGAGGAGGCCAGGGAUUUUGGUGAGAAGUCUAAAGCUGCUGCAAAUGAGUCUGAUGAUGAAGUUUGGCAACUGAAUGCAACUGUCCUUGUAGCACAAGCUGAGGUGAAACUUGGAGAUUUGCAAAAUGCUGUAGAUUCAUUUGAGACGGCACUGGACAUGGCAAAGGUACAAGGUGAUUCUGCGGCAGAAUCAGCCAUUAAAAAGGCUCUCCAAGAUGCAAACGAUAGAAUUGUGCGAGGAGUUAAGGAUGACGAUGAAAGUCAAAGGUCAAGAUCAAGGUCAAAUUCAGUGAAAUCAGACAGAUCUGAUAAAUCUGAUGGAUCAAGAAGAUCCAAGAAGUCAGACAAAGGUGCAGACAAAUAUGAAGAUGAUGACUUUGAGGACGAUAAAGAUAAAUCCAGCAGUAGGAGGAACAGCAAUGCUAGCGACAGUGGAAACUCAAGAUAUAAAGAAUCAGAGUCUAAAGAUGAUGACCCUAGUAAAGAAGAUACUCAACAAGCAGAGGAAGCUAAAGAUGAUGACAAGUCGAUCAAAGAUAAUGAUGACAAUGACAGAAAGUCAGUGAAAAGUGAUGAUGAUAGGAGGUCUGUGAAGAAUGGCGAUGAUGAUGAUAAGGGGUCUGUGAAGAAUGAAGACUAACUAAAAAUAGCCAUGGACAUUGCAUGAGAACAUCUCUGAAUGGAUACUACGAUUAAUAACUAUAUGGAUUCACAGUGUAUGAGUGACCAUAGUCAUCAGCUUAUAUCUGACCCAAUCCGUCCAAUUCAAUUUGUAGUUGUAUAAAAAUGCAGUACACAAACACAAGCCAUUGGUACAUGAAAAUAAGCCAACAGGAGGAAUGACUUAAGUGGAUUCUUCUCUGAUAGAAGAUAAUAUGCUGAUAUACAAAUGUACACCAACAUUACUGUGAUAUUUUAGAUGCUUUUGAUGCACCAAAGAUUAUUUGAUUUCACAGAAAAUCGUAAAAAAUGUCAUUUAGUAAUAGUAAUAUUUUUGAAUGACAGAAACCUUUGAAAACUAACAUCAUUUAGAAAUGUCCAUAAAGUCUCUUUACACAGGCUUUGCACAUGUAUUUCUAAUUGUAAUUGAGUUUUCAUGAACACCCUAUAUUUAAAGUGAUCAUAAUGUUUGACUUUUAAAUAUUUAAAGUGUGCAAAUCAAUGUGCAUUUUGUAUUCAUAACAAACUGUCUUUGUAUUAAAUUAAAACGUAACUUUGGCAUCUGAUAUCAAUG